UUGACAGCUGUCUAGGCUGAUACGAAGGAAAUAUAGAAUUAUGUUACAAGGCAAAACAAAAUAACAUGUAAACUGUGACAAUUUAAUUUAUACUUUUUUUGGAAUUUAGAUUGUAUUCAAUACGGGUAAAAUGACUGUGUUAAAUUCAAGUUACGCGUCUUGCAGAAAAGUCUGUGAAUUGUGUCCUGGAGAACAAAUUGGAUCAUUUGUAGCAGUGGAUUAUGUCUUGUUUGCUGCUGUUUUGGUUAUUUCCGCCCUUAUUGGAGUGUAUUAUGUGGUGAAGGAGUACCUAGCAGCACGGACCGCAACAUCGGAAGAUGUCCUCAUGGGAGGUCGUGACAUUGGGAUAUUUCCAAUUGCUAUGUCAUUGAUGGCUAGCUUUAUGUCUGCUAUUACAGUUCUAGGAACACCAACAGAAAUGUAUAAUAACAAUACAAGUUAUUGGAUUGCAGGACUUUCUAUGAUAAUUACAGUGAUAGUCACAAAUCAUGUAUUUCUUCCAUUUUUCCAUGAUCUGAGUCUGACUAGCGCUUAUGAAUAUUUAGAGAAGCGUUUCAACAGAGCUGUACGAGUGUGUGCGUCCCUUUUAUUUAUGCUAAAUAUGCUUUUGUAUAUGGGUGUUGUUUUGUAUGCACCAUCAUUAGCUUUGAAUCAAGUUACGGGUCUUAAAUUAGAAUUAUCAAUAGUGUGCAUUGGAUUAGUAUGUACGUUUUAUACAGCACUGGGAGGACUUAGAGCGGUAGUUUGGACAGAUACAUUCCAGACAUUUGUGGUCAUGGCAGGUUUGAUAGCCAUUAUUGUUGUGGGUUCAAGAGAUCUUGGGGGUUUUGGAGAAUUAUGGGAUAUAGCAAACAAAGGUGGCAGGAUCCAAUUUAUAGACUGGAAUCCUGAUCCAACAACUCGACAUUCCAUAUGGGCACUUAUUAUUGGCUCAUUUUUUGGCCAACUGACAAUUUAUGCAGCCAAUCAAACAAUGAUUCAAAGAUAUUUGGCAAUAAAAGAAAUAAAGAACUCACAGAAAGCUCUAUAUUUAAGUUUGCCUCUGACACUAAUUCUAUCAACCGUUGUCUGUCUCGUUGGUUUAGUUAUAUACGCUACAUACCACGACUGCGAUCCUUAUUUGUUGGAUAUGGUACAUGCCAGGGAUCAGUUGCUGCCGUUUUUAGUGAUGGAUAAAUUAACCUUUUUACCCGGAUUGCCAGGAUUGUUUGUAGCCUGCUUGUUCAGUGCAUCACUAAGUUCAAUAUCAUCCGGAUUAAAUGCGUUAGCAAUUGUAAUAUUAGAAGACGUUUUAAAAUUAUGGUGGGAUUACAGAGGUAAUGCUCCAUCACCUUUGUGGCAAGGAAGAAUAGCUAAACUAUUAGGACUGUUUGCUGGAGGGUUGGUAAUUGGUAUUGCAUUUUUGUCACAGUUUUUAGGACAAACAGUUUUACAGAUUAUGUUAAGUAUUUUUGGAAUGGUAGGAGGACCUCUGCUUGGAUUAUUUAUCAGUGGAAUUUUCUUCCCUUUUAUCAAUUCAACGGGAGCUUUAUGCGGUUUGAUUACAAGCGCUGUGAUGGCCUUCUGGGUAGGUGUAGGUGGCACAGUGUUACUUCCUGUUCCCGAAGUGAUGCAUGUUAGUACUGAAAUGUGUAGUAUUAUUCAGAAAAAUUGUUCUUCGUCCACAAAUUCGUCCAUAUCAGCUACUAUAUCAUCAACGAUAGCAACUACCACACAAGCCACACUUUCCAGCGAAAACGAUUUAUGGAUUUAUCAUUUAUCUUAUCUAUGGUAUGGUUUAUUCGCCACAUUAAUUAGCAUAAUUGUCGGAAUACUGGUGACUUUUAUCACUUCUUGUUGUCUUGGUUUUAAUGAACCGGAAGACGUUGAUGCUAAUCUUAUACACAGACUCGUGGACAGAGUUUGUUGCUUUCUACCUGUUGCCUGUCAGAGAGUUCACAGAAUGGAAAAAUAUAAAGAUGACUUUGAAUUAGCAACUGUUAAUGGUGCCAUGAAUCACGGAUUUGAGUCUUCAGAAACAAAAAGUGACGACUUUGGAGAAAGAAAACUUGGAGGAGUUAUUUAUAGAAACGGACAGUCAAAUAUGAAAUCGAAUGAAAACUUCACAAAAUUAUGAUAAAAUUGUCUAAAGCUUAAUAGACAUUGUGGACUGCAAAACAAGUCGAGCUACGAUUCUAUUGUUCAGUUAUUUUUACGGUCGAAUAAACCUAUGUAUAACCUUUAAGGAUAAUAAUGGUUAACCCAGCAUAUGAAAUUUAUGCUGACAUAAGAUAUCUAAUCUAAAGUAAUAUUAAUAUAUCGGAAUACAGGUGACUUUUCUUUUGCAUUUAUGAAUGUUGAUUAAAUCUUAUAAUAUUUAGUGAUAAUGACAACACCUUUUUUUACAAUGCAAACACAUUUUGUUUUAUACUCAGAACAUUCGUUAGAAAAUAUUUUGUUGAAAUAUAUGAUAUGCUUGAUUAUGCAAAAUGUUAAAUAAUAUUUCAGAUCCUUUUUUAGGCAGUGAACAUAUAUAUAUAUAUAGAUAUGAUGUCAAAUCAUGCAAAUAUUGUCUUUCAAUUAUAUGUUUGCUAUCUGUCAAUGUAAGAUGUAUAAAUUAUGUUUUAAAAUCAUAAAAUAUAGUGACAUGAUUGUAAUGCA